AGACCGUAAAUUUGGUGUUCUACUGAUCUUCUCGAUCUUUCUUCUGUUCAUCAUAUACUCAAAGCAGCUAAAGAUCAAUUGACCAGAGAUUUGUUCGUCAUCGUCUUCUUAACGGUACAAGCUUAAUCCUUUCUCUAGAUGGAAAGAUCAGUCAAUUUACUCGCAUAUAAAGGUUCUAUUAUUGAAGCAAUUACCGAGUCAAAAAGACAGAAGAAACUAUUUGUAGUUUACAUCUCAGGUGAUAAUUCAGAGUCAAUUUCCUUGGAAGAAUCUACAUGGUUGGACUCAAAGGUGGAGGACGUAAUACUGAAGUACUGUAUUUUACUGCAUAUCCGUGAUGGGAGCACAGAUGCUACCCAGUUUUCUGCCAUAUAUCCACAGCGACCUGCUCCUUGUAUCACAGCCAUUGGAUAUAAUGGUAUACAACUGUGGCAAAAUGAGGGAUUUCUGAUUGCUGAUGUUCUUGCAUCAAGUCUUGAGAAGGCGUGGUUGAGUCUUCAUAUCCAGGAGACAUUCUUGACUGUGGCACUUGCUUCAAAUAAAUCUGAACCACAUGAUACUCUGUACUCCAAUAGCUUACCCAUCGAGCAAGGAAGUUCUUCCACCAUCAGUACUUCAUCUACAGACACUAAUCUUGCCCUCUCUUCAGAUAAUGGAGUCAUUAGUUCCUCUGACCACGCAGUUGAUGAUGCAUCUCCUGAACCAACUGUUCUUAAAGGAUCAAGUGCUUCAAAUGACAAAGUCAAAGAAGAACAAAACCAAAAACCUUUGAAGGAGAAUCAGAGUGAAGCAUCUUCUGCACCAACUUUUCUUAACAAAUCAAAUGCUUCAAAUGAAAAAGAGAAAGAUCAACAAAAACUUCAGAAGGAAAAUCAGAACAAGGAUCAAGCUGGUUGUAGUGUUGGAAAUGCUCGAGCUGAAUGUCAAACCUCAAGAGAAAAUACAGAGGUGGCUGACCAGCAAUCAGCUGCUAGAGAAGUAGAAGUUAAGAAUGAAACACUGGAAGAUACCUUGGAGGUUAAGUCAACAGAUGUGCAUUUCAAUAUUCGGUUGCCUAAUGGGAGUAAUAUACGAGAGAAGUUUCUAGUGGAAGACACAUUGAGAAUGGUAAAAGACUAUGUAGAUGAAAAUCAGACAAGUGCAAUCAGCUCCUAUGAUCUAGCCAUCCCAUAUCCUCGCAGAGUCUUCAGUAGUCACGAUUUAAGCAGAACGCUUUCUGAACUAGGACUCUUUGGUAGGCAAGCAUUGGUAAUGGUUCCACAUAUUCGAUCUACUGAUGAUCAUAAAGGAGGUUCCUCAUCUGAAAAGUAUAAUAGGGAAACCACUUCUAUUCUCGAUUCUUCGAAUGAAACAAGUGGAGGAUCUUGGGCGGUUGUGAAAAAUAUGUUUUCUUACAUCAAUCCUCUCUCCUAUAUUGGUGGUGGUGGUGCCAGUAGCUCCUCCACUUCUGGUCAGGAAUCUCAAAGCAGCAGUAUGUGGCAAUAUAGUCCAAAUCCUUCAUUAUUACAUGAAUCUAGGCAGACGACCACACCAACAGCAACUGGUAGAGCUACUACUACUAAUAACACACAGAAUGGAAGAACACCAUCUCGUUUUGGAGGGAAUAUUCACACUCUUAGACAUGAUGAAGAUGAUGAUACUAACUUCAAUAAUAAAAACACUUUCUGGAAUGGGAAUUCUACACAGUAUGGUGGUGGUGGCGGCGAUGACAAUCCCAAGUAGAAUUUAUUUCAGGUGAUCUCUAAAUUCUCGCUCUCUCGUUGCAUGGAUCAAUCAAUGUUUUUAACCUUUGAAUUGGUCGGUUUCUUAUCUUUGCUCAUUUCCAAUGUGUCGAUACUAAGAAGAAUUAUUACAAGAAGAACCACCUACAUAUGUUAAGUAGGUUUGUUUAUGGGUCUCACUUUUUAUUACUUUGUGUUAAAACAUUACAAAUAUAUAUUUUAUCUUAAUGCAGUUAUGCAUGGAUUUUUAUUUUAAUUUAUGUAAAGAAAAUCUUGUUAAACUUGAAAAAAACAUAUAUGUAGAGUUUUUAUCAUUC